AUGUUGGCAAUCGCUGGAGGGCUGGUGUUUUGGCAAGAAAAUGCUUUGACGAGCGGUGACCCACUUUGGUGGCGCCUGGCAGUGAAUUCCAGUGAUUUGUCGCAGUGGUGUUUCCGAAAUCUACAGCUCUUCCUUGAUCGGGACUGCCAAGUGAACUUGCCCAACAUCGUUGAGCACAGAAGCUCUGCGGCCUUGACGCGGAUUCUCGCCUGGGAUGCGCCAACAGCUUUUGUGGCAUUUGCCUCAGAUUGCACAGAUGCGCUUUGUGCUCCUUUGGAGCCCUGGGUGGCUGUAAGACUGGAGGAGCCCAGUGUGGUACAGUGCUUCAAAUAUGAAGACUGUCAGACUGUCGUCGACACCACCACUACGACAAGCUCCGCAUUGGCCACGACGAGCACCACUGUGGCAACGACAACCACGUCAAGCACCACUGUCCAAACUUCAAGCACCUCGAAUCCUUUUGCGAACUUGUUCGAAGGUGGCAGAAAGCUUUCAGUGCCUGGGACGCUGGUCAUGGAACGUUCUGCCGACUUCGUUGAUUGGACCGUGGUAGCUUCGUGGAAUGCGCCACAGCCAGGCAAAUUCCCCAGGGCACGUGGCAGCCGACCGCUGACCUGUGCCAGCGCUGAGUCUUCCAUCAUUGAGGUGUCCUUUGACAGGAAGAUCUACUUUGGGGAUGGCAACAUCGAGAUUCUGAGAGGCUCGCUACCAACCCUUCGAUUACCGGCAAGGAGCUCGCCCUGGUUCAAGGUUGAUGCCAGUCGGCAGCGGCUGCAAGUGGAACCUCAGGGAGGAGCUUUGCUGGGCAGCUCCAGUGCGUGUUUGCGAAUCAAGAUCCUGGACAGGGCCAUCCUGAAUGCAGAUGGCACUGGCUACAAGCACGACUAUGAGACAUGCAUUCGAGAUUAUCAGCCUCCUAUGUUCCUUAGUUCAGAUCCUGUCAAUCAAGAGACAGGUGUUGACCUUCUGCCAAAGUUGCAGCUCAGCUUCGACCAGGUGAUCCGACUUGCGGAUGCGCCGGUGGCGACACUGCGGGCAAAGUCCGCUCCAGUGGGUGGCGAGAGUAUGCCGCCUGACCAGAUUUUGGAUCUGACUCAGGCCACGGUGUUUAAAUGGGAUAGAGCUGGAAUCCAAGAUGCUGGAGCCAUUGACAUCUAUCCCUCAGAGCUUAUCCCGCAAACAUCGUACGAACUCAUCAUUCUGCCUGGUGUGAUCCAGGACAUAGCCGGCAAUUCGUGGGAAGGAGGUAGCUUCCUCUUCACAACGACUUGUGGGAUUUAUGGAUGCUUUCAGCCAUCAACAGCUGCACCAACUCAGGACCCUGAACCUGAAGCACAGCAAGGCGACAUUGCUACUCGGGCUUCAAUGGGACUCAUGGCCAUUUGGCUGAUCAUCGUGGGCAUCCUUACGAUUGGUUGUGCCUUUGGUGUGGCCGUCUUUCAAUUGUACGUUCGCAAGAAAGUGAACUCCAGCGCUCAGGUGCACCCCAUUGAGGUGAAGGAUGGAGUUGGGCGCAGCACGACUCAAGCUUCCCACGCCUCUGUCUAUUCUGAAGCAACUGAAGCGCCAAAAGUGGAGACAGGUCCUUCGGUGCAUUGGAACGAUGGGCCCAGUGGGCCGAUCUUUGGUGAUUCAGGCCCAAGUGCAGCCAAUGGAUCAAGGCCACAAGCUCAUUGGACAAAAUCCAAGGAAGCUGAAGACAUCGGCAAUAGUAGGAAAGUUCAUGAAGAACACGGUCCUCGGCAGCCGCACACAGAUGACCAUGUUGGUUUUG